UGAGGAGAAAGUUUUGCACUUUUAAAAGUCUCCGUUCACCUGCGUGCUAUUGCGGCAGCUAGCCCGCUAACGGCUAACUGAGCUGCUAGCUGAAAAGUUUGAGGAGCUGAGAGAAGCCAGGAAUUAGACGGAUCCAUGAUGGUGGAGGGAGUUCGGCACUCUCCGAUCCUGUCGGCCCUGUUCAGCAUGACGGAGGACUCCGAGCUGCGGGGAGCCGCGCAGUUUAUUAAAGAGCGGCUGUACUUCGCCACGUUACGCAGUAAACCCAAAAGCACCGCCAACACGCACUACUUCUGCACUGACGACGAGUUCCUCUACGAAAAUUUCUACGCAGACUUCGGCCCUCUGAAUCUGGCCAUGUUGUACCGAUACUGCUGCAAACUCAACAAGAAGCUGAAGUCGUUCACUCUGACCAGGAAGAGAAUCGUUCACUACACCAGCUUUGACCAGAGGAAGAGGUCCAACGCCGCCGUGCUGAUCGGAGGCUAUGCUGUGAUCUACCUGAAGAAAACUCCAGAAGAAGCCUACAGAGCUCUGAUCUCUGGUUCCAACGCCUCCUACCUGCCCUUCAGGGACGCUGCCUUCGGGAACUGCACCUUCAACCUCACAGUGCUGGACUGUCUGCAGGGCAUCAGGAAGGCUCUGCAGCAUGGCUUCUUCGACUUUGAGACCUUUGACGUGGGCGAGUACGAACACUAUGAGCGGGUGGAGAAUGGAGAUCUCAACUGGAUCGUCCCGGGGAAGUUCCUGGCCUUCAGCGGACCUCAUCCUAAAACCAAAGUAGAGAACGGUUACCCCCUCCACGCCCCCGAGGCGUACUUCCCUUACUUCAGAAAACACAACGUGACCACCGUCAUCCGCCUGAACAAGAAGAUCUACGACAGCAAGCGCUUCACGGACGCCGGCUUCGACCACUACGACCUCUUCUUCUUAGAUGGGAGCACGCCCAAUGACAUCAUUACCCGCCGCUUCCUGCACAUCUGUGAGAGUACGGAUGGCGCUGUCGCUGUCCACUGCAAGGCUGGACUGGGCAGGACGGGCACUCUGAUUGGCUGUUACUUGAUGAAACAUUACCGCUUCACGGCAGGCGAGGCCAUCGCCUGGAUCAGGAUCUGCAGACCGGGCUCUGUGAUUGGACCACAGCAGAACUUCCUGGAAGAGAAGCAGGCGGCGCUGUGGUUGCUAGGCGACAGCCAACGUUCCCAGAAGGCCAAGCUGGAGGAGAGGGCCGUGUCUCACCUCAUCACCAGCAUGGACGACCUCACGUUAAACUCCGCCUACAACAGCAACAUGUUCAAAUCCCCGAGCUCCGACCGGCUGACCGAGAGUGAGGUGAUGGACGGCGGACCGGGUCUGACUCAGGGAGACAAACUGAGAGCCUUGAAGAGCCGACGGCCCCCCCGCCCUGCCACCACCGUAGCUCUCAGAGUGGAGGAGAUGAAGACGCACAGCAGAUCAGCCUCACAGCCGCUCAGAUUGUCGAUGGGUGCCGGUCAGGGCCCCUCUUCCCCCCUCAAGUCCUCCAAGUUCCCAGCAUCCUCUGCUUCUGCUGCAGCCAAGAGGAUUGGUAGAAAUCCGUCGUCAACGGCGUCCAACAUCAGGAGCUCUCGGUUGGCGAGCUCGCUCAGUGACCUUUACGCUGCAGACCUGGAGGAGGAUAAAAACCCUCCCUACUCUGCUCUUCCUCCCUCCUCCUCUGUGUCUCUCAGCCCCUCCCACUCCUCUCUGGCCCCUCCCUCUGUGUGUCGUUAUGGAAACAGCCCUCGCAGCGUGCAGCAGGAGGUCAACAACAACAGCGGUCUGUACGGAGCCUCUGCGGGGCCCCCCGCAGGGAAAAGCUCCGACUUCGUCCUCGGUAGCAGGACGGGGCCUCCGGACUUCAGGGGCCCGGGGCCCUACAGCGCCGCUCUGAAGGGCCCAUCAGGACGCUACCUGAGCCGCUCCAUACCUUCUCUUCAGUCGGAGUACGUCCAGUACUAGAACUACACAUCUGACCUGAGGACACAUUACCCACAAUCCCCCUCUGUGUGGGGCUCAAAGGGAAGCUAAUAAAGCAGCAGGAGUUCAGCUCGGUGACUGAAGAGACUCUGAGGCAGCAGCAGCUGCUCUCCGUCCAUACUGUAUGUAAAUGAGCUGUGUGCUAAUAAGCGGCGUGUGAAUGAGCUGUAUGCUAAUGAGCUGUAUGUAAAUGAGCUGUAUGUAAAUGAGCAGUGUUUGGCUGAAACAGAAGAUAUAUUUAGAUACAGAAUACAGAUUUUAUAUUUUUUAUUUGUGGCAGAUGAAGAUUUUUUUUUUUUUGAUAAACUGAAGGAUCAGCUGAUGACGUUGUCAUGGUUACAGUAUUUACUUCCUGUUUCUGAUCAGAUUGUGUUGAUGUGAUUGGUCAGUGUUCUUUUCUAACAGCAAUAAUAACAAGAAGAAGAAGAAGAAGGGACCCAAAAGCAGACUCAGGUGUGUGUGUGUGUGAGCGAGGGGGCGGAGCCAGCAGCGGUCAACGCCCACUCAGCCUUAAAGACGCGUCUGAUUGAUCUUCCCAUCCGUGUAGUUGUUGAUUGAUCAGUGAUAGUCUGCAGCUCACACGUGCUCGUAAAUCUUUUAAUACCUUUACAAUAAAUUAAUGUAAUCUUUAUUUUGAGGAUGAAUAAUAUCUGAAAAUAUUUAUUUACUGUAGGAUUCAUAUUAUAGUUUCAGUAUCGGCCACAACCAUCACAACUAAUAUCGGCUCUGACGUGGAUCAAUACCGGCAGGAAUCAGGGUGCAUUUGUGUCGCGGUACUCGAAAAUAUUUUGUGUUUUUAUAUUUGUGUCGAGCUUUGUGUUCAGUAAAGUGACAGGAAGGUCACAUGAUCACCGGAGGGUUUCAAUUCACACAGAAACGAGUCUGUGAUCAUAAAGCAGCAGGUUGUGACGCGUUUACUGACCAGGAAGUGUAGUAAACUGCAAAAUUCCUGUCCUUAACGAGCAAAGAAGCAAACGGAGGAGCGAUCGUUAAAAAACAGACGAGACGAACAAGAAAAGAAACCAGAUAAAACAGAAACUAACUUCAGGUACGCUCAGACUUCCCUUUACACAAAUGAACAGGUAGACUUUAAAAUGUCUUUAUUUCAGAAAUGGAUGUUUUCUCAGUGAAACUAAAUGAAGCAGACAGAAGAAAACGUCGAACUGCUCCUCUAAACGUGUUAUUGAUCAUGUGACGCCAGCUGUUUACAAGUAUUUAAAUUUUUGUUUGUGUUUUAAAAUCUGAAUAUUUGCUGAUUGGCUGCUGGAGAUCAGCUGACCUUGCUCUGAAAUCUCCCAUUGGUUGAAACAACAAGACCUUUUCAGAAUAAAAGCUGCAACACAGAAACAGAAUGUUUGAAAAAACAGUUUAGUCCUUUUAAGGUGAAAUAUUUGAGCCAACAACUUCCUGUUACUGAGUCAGUUUACCUGUGAGUGCACUGCGGCCUGUACUGCGAAGCGGAUGUAACUGGCUUAUCCAGGUAACUUCAGGUGUAACUUCCCGGUUAACACGUACUACGAAAGGUGGACAGGUGUUACCCGAGGUCUGUUUCCAUGGCAAUUUACGCCGCAUCUCUAAACUGCUCCGAGCAGGUUUUGUUGGUGGUUACCUCGAGGUUCCCCUGCACGUGGACUCCACACCACAUCUGUACUCAGUGUUACUGAUGAGAAGCAGGAUAUUAAUCCACACCUGAUUUGUUCCUCUGAGGCUGCAGUGAAGUUGUGAACACAGCAGCAUCACGUUCACACAGCGAGCCCUGCAGCCUCGGGGAGUCAGAGAGGAAUCUUAAUUAACGGCACAGUUUCUUAGAUGGAGCCCGUCUGCGUGGUUUCACAUAUUUAGAUAUUUAGACUGUUUUACCUGUCCAAAAAAUACAGAGCCAGGGUCGGGCUUAAUAACAAGGGGAAAAAAUCCUCCAUGAAAGUGUGAAAUUUAAAAUCCCUGAAAUUAAAGUCACAAAAAUCGAGAAUCCCUCUGGAGUUUCCUUCUGAAUACGGCCGAUCCACGGUGAAGUCUGAGGUGCAGGAUAGUGACUGUGGGCUAAACUCACGAGUAUUUCCUCACUGCUGGAUCAGAUUGUGAAGUCUAAUAUAACUUUCCACUGCCUGCAGAAGUUUCUCUCAUAAAUGUGUGACUAUAAUCUCAGAGAAUAUUCAGGUUCUUCACUUGUAGAUUAAUCUUGGAAAUUAUUUUCUGUCUGGGAUUAUUCCCCCUCGUGUGCAGCUGGACUUUUACAUCUUCAUCACGUUACACAUAAAAGAAGAGCCCAUAAAACACAGAAUAGAGAUUUGAACUACAAUCAGACCCCUGAAGAUAAUCAGGCUACAGAUUCACUCCAUGCGACGCCAACAAGCCUCCCUGGCUCUGUCGGCCGCCACGAUAUUAGAUUUAGAGUUAACUCGUCUUUACAGUCAUAAUUUCCCGACACUGCCAACGUGCGUUCCUCUGGAGGAAUGCGGAGCACGCGCCGCUGUGAAAAACUCUGCCUGCGCGGCCGAACCAACUCCAAAUAAGUUAACGCCGACUCAGCUAACCAACGUCUGAUCCACCGCCGCAGUUUAACUCCAGCGUAGCGGUCAGAGUUUGUUACCCUCAGUUAACUCCCCUCGUGGUGCAGGCCACUGGUGUGACACGUUGUCUGUUAUUAAUAUUUAUAAAAAUAAUAAAAAGGCGUCUCUAAGUGUCCGAAGUGCCUUCGACAUUUUAAAACUGCUGUUUGACUCAUCAGGGUUGUUUUCAGACGAGGGCUUUUAUUUUGGAUGUUUAAAUGAAGAACUUCCUGUUUUUAUUGUCAUGUUAAAGUCUUUUAAGAGAAAAACUGACAGCAGAGUUUCUAUCUGAGCAAUAACUGAAUAAAAUAAUGAUUCUUCUGUU